AUGAGCGCCAACGGCCCUGUUCCACCUACGGCGCCUCCUGCAGCCUCAGUGGCCGUACCGGUGCCCAUAACUUCAGUGAUACCGGUGGGCUCGCUGGCACAGAAGAAGCGGCAACAGUAUGCCAAGAGCAAAAAGCAGGGCAGUUCGGCCAACACGCGGCCACAGAGAGCUCUCUUCUGCCUCAACCUCAACAACCCCAUACGCCGGGCCUGUAUUAGCCUUGUGGAAUGGAAGCCAUUUGAUAUCUUUAUAUUGAUAGCGAUUUUCGCCAACUGCAUGGCCUUAGCUGUAUACAUCCCCUUUCCUGAGGAUGACUCCAACUCAACCAACCACGACCUAGAAACAGUCGAAUAUGCCUUCCUUAUCAUUUUCACGAUCGAAACCUUCCUGAAGAUUAUAGCGUAUGGCUUGGUGAUGCACCAGAAUGCGUAUGUUCGAAAUGGAUGGAACAUGCUGGAUUUCGUCAUUGUUGUCAUAGGACUUUUCACAUGUGCUCCUGACACACUGAGCCGUGUUGCUGGGACACAUCCCAAUACUUUUCCUUCAGUAAUUUCCUCUCACACUCUACUGUUGUUUAGUGUUGUCUUGGAAGUUUUGACCAAAGAUGGAGAGAAGGAUGUUGCUAAAGCCCUCCCGCCCGUGCAUGGCCAUGGAGGAAAACCAGGAGGUUUUGAUGUCAAAGCCCUUAGAGCCUUUCGAGUGCUGCGACCGCUUCGCCUGGUCUCUGGAGUGCCCAGUGAGUAA